CUACGUACAAUGUCAACAUGAGUGGACAGCGGUAGGCUGUCUAGGCAAAGGGAUGCAGCUGAUUAUUCCAGUGAUGUACAACGACUGGUCAUCACGGAAAUUAUUCGCCGUUUCCAUGUUUAAUGAGAAAUAUUGCUUUUAGAAAUGAAAAAGUAGCAAAAUUACAAUAUCGUGCAUAUAAAACAGGCAGGUAUCAAUGGCAACUACUUGAGACUACACGCAAUUUACUGGCUAGAUGACGUGUUAGCUACAAUACUAACGUUAUCUACCUAAGUUGCAAUUCGUAAACUUGGCCUGGUAUUUUAGAUAAUGAUGAUUUGUCCCUGACACUAUUACAAUUGCAGCUGUGUUUUAGGUAUUACAAUUGCAGCUGUGUUUUAGGUAAGUCGUUUGGUAACACGUAGCUACGUGAUACAGAAAUUCACGGAAUUAACUAGUACAGUAGGUCGUUAGCGUCGUUUGUUAUCCCUCACGCAAACAUGCCUGUUUUCGCAGAACUCUUCUUUUGUGGUCGACUAAUAUCAACUGACUAAAUGCUAUAGUACAGUCACAUGCGGUUUUGUGGUGCAGCUAAAUGUGGGAAGUAUAGAAACAUUGCCCACGUUUAGCUACCUAGUUAGCUUUGUGUUGGCUAAUGCGUUUGUCAUAGCGAGUUACUGUAGUAAUUUAAUUGUUGAUGAAGCCUGCAAGAAGAUGCUGACAUCAUAGUUAGAUAUAUUAUACUAAGACUGGCAUGUAUGGUAGUAGCUAACGUUAUGUAUGCGGUCCUCUGGAGUUAAUAUAGCUACUAGCUAUGUGGAUUAUCAACAACUAGCCUACAGUGGCUACGAAAGAAAUGAGAAGAUCCAGUGUGAAACUGGAUGCGAUUCCAACAUUAUUAACGUUACAGUAUAUCUUGACAUUUGUAUAAGGGGUAUUGAUUGCUAGCUACGAUCAACUGGAUGACGAAUAAGCCCAAUCUGUUGGAACUGGAGGAUACAUUUAAAUGGACGUUACUAUAUUUUUAGUUAGCUAGUUAACCCUUGGUCAGCUAGCUAUGGGGGUUAGCGGGGUGAGUCUUCUUUCCCAAGUCGGGGACGUGGCCGCUAUGUCCACUUCCAACACGUCGUCGGUGCCUGCCAGCCCCACGCCAGAUGCGGACACCCGUGGCUGCGAGAACGGUGCAUUGAUGGACUCCUUCGGCAUCUUCCUGCAAGGCCUGCUAGCGAUGGUGGCCUUCAGUACGCUUAUGUUGAAGCGUUUCAGGGAGCCCAAGCACGAAAGGCGGCCCUGGAGGAUCUGGUUCCUGGACACCUCCAAACAGGCCAUUGGGAUGCUUUUCAUUCACUUUGCCAAUGUCUACCUGUCGGACCUCACAAAGGAGGACCCCUGCUCCCUUUACCUCAUUAACUUCCUCCUGGACGCAUCUCUGGGCAUGCUGCUGAUCUAUGCUGGGGUGAGGGCUGUCAGUGGCAUCGUGGAGUGGAGGCAGUGGGACUCUCUUCGCUUUGGAGAAUACGGAGAGCCGGUUCAGUGCACUGCAUGGGCUGGCCAGUGUGCUCUCUACAUCCUCAUCAUGAUGUUUGAGAAGGUCAUCAUUAUCUUGGUUCUACUCAUCCCCCAAUGGAAGAAGCUGGCUCUCCUGAACCCCAUAAACAACCCUCAGUUGGAGCUGGCCAUCGUCAUGCUCAUCGUACCGUUUUUCGUUAACGCCCUGAUGUUUUGGGUGGUAGAUAACUUCCUGAUGAAGAAGGGGCGGACAAAAGCCAAGCUAGAGGAGCGGGAAGUGGAGGAGGAUGCACGGGGCAACAGUAAAGUGCGCUACAGACGGGCACUCUCCCAUGACGACUCAGAGUCUGAGAUCCUGUUCUCGGCUGACGAUGAGAUGGAUGACUCGGAGGAUGAGGAUGUGCGCCGGCUCACUGGCCUCAAGACAGUCAAGAAGAAGAAGCACCGUAUGGGUAUCCCCGUUUGACCUGGGUCUACCCAGGCUGACCUGGUCUGACCCCCUCCAGCUCACCUCACAUCCCAACUGCCUUCUGUCUUCGUCUCCAGGCCCUGCUGCCCUGACUGGAACAUGCAGGGAACCUGUAGUGUAGAUUCCUCUAACAGCAGGCUGGCAUUCAUGUCUUUGUGGUGUGAGCAGGGUGCCUCUCUAUGGAUUUGGAAACAUGGCGGACUGCCAGUCAUGGAGCCUAUUAAAACUGUCUAUAAUACAACUAAUUAAUUUGGGUCUCCUGCAGCAUCGACACUGGGUUAUUACAUACUUGGAAAAUAAUUGGCUGCGUCCAAGUAACCACACCAUGUCUAUGUGAGAUUUCACUACAGAUCUGUCUUAUGUCAUGGGAACAGCUGGAUCUGUCGUUGGUUCAGUGACACUGGGGAAAUGAAUUAUGAUGACUGUAAGCAUUUAUAUUGAUUUUGAGAAAACUGUGAACACUGACGUAUAAGAUAUGGGGUUAUGUUUGAUUGGGUGAUGCAGUAUAUUUGCCUGCACUGUAGUUCUGCAUGGACUCUUCACAGAGGCCUGGGAUAAAAUUAACUGCGUCAGGUUAAGCUGUGAUUAAUCUUUUCGUUUUCUGUGGGGUCCGUGGGUUCCAGAGAAAGGGAAUGGGCCACUCGUAUUGCGCUCAGCGUUUCCCCUGCCUUUAAGCAAACCUCUGUCAUUUUAACAUUUUAAUACAUUUGAUACUUCUGAAUCUGAAAGGGAUUGUUUCCCUCUUCUGGAUUCUAUUCAUAGAAAGUAUCCUGUCUGUCUGUUCAGCUCUGCUGACUACAGUUACCUCUUAGAACAGUCGGGGAGGUGGCUGUCUGUUCAUGUGUGGGAAAAAAUUGGAGAAGUGAGUUUGCCCCAAUGCCGUGUUUUAUAAUAACACACCACUAACUCCUGGGACCUCAGCGUUAUGCCAUAUAUAGAUUGAUAUUAAUUUUGUUUAAGCCCUUGACUGUAGAAGGGCAGGACCGGUCAGGACAGUGCAGCUUGGCAUUGUCUCAACCAAGCAGGGGGACUGACCGCCUUAUUCCAGGCCCAUAGAGUGAUUAAGCAGCCAGGGUUUAGGUCUGUUGUCCUGAAAAUCCUUGUCUCCUUCUGUGUGUACCUGUGUAUGACUUAACUGUAAUCUCUUAUUACCUAUGCAUUCCUGAGGGGUAUUCCAGAAAAAAUGGUCUAACAAAUUCAUGAUUCCCUGAACAUAUCCAUCUUCUCUUUACCUGAUGAGGGAGCCUCCUGAGUUUUUGGUUCCAGAACAGCUGUUUUUUGUUUCUUUCAUUACAUUAAGUGCAGAAUAUUGGUAUGACAACUCGUGUGUUGCACUCGUCAUCAUGGAGUCAAUAGAGCACAAUAUUUUGAUACAUUUCAACAAUAGAUUAUUGUUACUGUUACAGUUUUCUCUAAUAGAAUGACUAUGGUUUUCUUAUGUUUAGUUUUCAUCUGCUGCCAGGAUCUGUUAGCGCUCAUGAGGUUACAAAUACAAAUUGUAUACUUGUUGUCAUGAAGAGCACAUUAUGAAUUGAAGGAAACCCAUUUAAGUUGGCUGCAGUGAGCCUAUCUUUGCCAUUGUGCCAUACUGUAGUAUACAAAGAACUAUGCCACACUAUUUAGGUUAUAGACUUUACUGUUAUUAGCAUUAACAUCUAUUAUUAACAGCCACCAAUAUGUGUGGAGCUGUUAACUGCCACCCAGGCUUCUAAUCUAGCUGUAUCAGCAGCGGUGAUGUUACAUAUGUUAGUUUGCAGAGCUAUGUAGAGUUUGUAUAGUCAAAGCGAAACUGUGUUAGGUUAUAUUGGAUAUAUGAGUUAAGUUGGACAGAUGGACUGGAAAAGUAAUAUUCAUUUGUAAUGCAUAUGGUGCACAAUGCAAGUUCAAUGUCAACAGAAUUUCCGGAGAAGGAACAGGCCAAAUGUGACUGAGUAGAAUUUGAUUUGAGGACAAACUCAGCAUUUUGCGGUCUUGAACAGGAUAAGAUCAAAUUUAACCUGGUGCAUUUGUUGCUAGGGUUUCUGACGAGGCUACGGUUCAUGCUCUCUUUCUGGAGCCGAAAAGUCAGUUUGCUCAAGUUCUGGUUUGUCAGAGUUCGCUAAAUUACUAAUACUGCAUUCUGGAAUACCCUUCUAGUCUUUGGUGUGUCCUGUGUCUUUUUUACUGUAUGUUUGGGCCAAAACCAUUAAUAUCCAGAACCUCCUUUAAGAGUUCUCCAUUCAGAGAGAGACGCAGUCGAUUUUGGAUCUGAGGGUGUAUUCUCACAACCAACUGACAAACUUUCACCUCUUGCACAAUUAUCACUUAUCCCUGGAUAUUCUUUGUGUUCUUUUUUUAUUUAGGUGUUAGUUUAUUUUCAACUAUGUGCCUGUGUGAAUUUUCUGUGUAUGUGAGUGUUCAUCUUGUGCUGCAGAUCUUUUGUUUUGGAUCACAAUUUGAGAAUGUGACUGAAGUACAGAGCCCUAGUACAGUUUGUAUAUUUGACUGUCUUGACGGCCCUGUUCAUGGAAAGGACUGGUGAUGAAGUCAUUGUGAUGGCCUUGUCGCUGAUUACGUUGAACGGUUUGAUUGGGAUGUUGUCUUCUACCAAGAAAUAAGGGAAUGCGUGGUUUGGUCAAGUGUGAUAGAGCAUGAAGCACUUCUGGUUGACCUCAUCUCAACCAAUAUGGCUUUCAUUACUUUGUAAAACUCGCUUCAUCAUUAAAAUUACUUACAUACAGUAAAUGACUGACAUUACCAUGAUAUGCUUUUGUAAUAAAGUUUCUAUUGAACUA